AUGUCUACAACUAUGGUGGCAUGUGGCAAGGUAGCUUUAAGCACCAGGCAUUUGUUGCGCUGCCAAUCGACGCUUUCACCAGCUUUACAGAGACUACAUGCUGAUCUGAAAAGCGAUGAGCUCUUACCAGGUAAUACGCCGGACUAUGUUCGUUUGAUCCUCCGGUCGUCCGUUUACGACGUUAUUGAAGAGUCUCCUGUGACGCGCGGUAUUGGUCUGUCGUCACGUCUUAAUACCAACGUUCAUUUGAAAAGAGAGGACCUGCUGCCGGUUUUCUCUUUCAAGCUGAGAGGUGCCUACAACAUGAUGGCCAAACUAUCGGAAAAGUCCAAAAGCAACCAGGGUGUUAUUGCGUGCUCUGCGGGAAACCAUGCACAAGGUGUGGCUUUCGCAUCCAGACACCUCAACAUGCCUGCCAUCAUUGUAAUGCCCGUCAACACCCCAUCCAUCAAGUACCAAAAUGUGUCAAGACUCGGAGGACAAGUUGUGCUCUUUGGUAAUGAUUUCGACGAGGCCAAGAACGAGUGUGCCAGAAUCUCGGAAGAAAGAGGCCUCGUUAACAUCCCACCUUUCGAUCACCCUUACGUUAUUGCAGGCCAAGGAACCGUAGCCAUGGAAAUCUUGAGACAAGUGCACAAUGCAUCCAAGAUAAGCGCGGUAUUCGUCCCCGUUGGUGGUGGUGGCUUAAUAGCCGGUGUUGCAGCCUAUAUCAAGAGAAUCGCGCCCCACAUCAAAGUCGUGGCUGUCGAAACUUACGACUCCGCCACUUUGAAGACAUCUUUGGACAACGGCUACAGGACGCCCUUGCCACAGGUGGGCACUUUUGCAGAUGGUACCUCAGUGCGUAUGAUUGGUGAAGAAACAUUCCGUAUUUGUCAAGAGCUAGUUGAUGAGACCGUGCUCGUCAAUACUGACGAGAUCUGCGCUGCCGUCAAAGACAUUUUCGAGGACACCAGAAGCAUCGUCGAACCCUCUGGCGCGUUGGCCGUGGCAGGUCUAAAGAAAUAUAUCACUCAGCUCUAUCCUGACGUUGACCAUUCCAAAAAGUCUUACGUGCCAAUCUUGUCUGGCGCCAACAUGAACUUCGAUAGACUGAGAUUUGUAUCUGAACGUGCUGUCCUUGGUGAAGGCAAAGAAGUGUUUAUGCUUGUUACCAUCCCAGACAUUCCUGGGUCGUUCAAAAAACUGCAAAGAGUCAUUCACCCAAGAGCCGUUACGGAGUUUUCGUACCGUUAUAACGAACACGACACUUCUGCUGAAACUCCUAAGGCCUACAUCUACACAUCUUUUAGCGUUGUUGACCGUGAAAAGGAGAUCAACCAGGUUCUUCAGCAGCUGCACAAGCUGGGCUUUGAGGCUGUCGAUAUCUCUGACAACGAAAUGGCUAAGAGCCAUGGCAGAUACCUUGUGGGGGGUGCUUCCAGAGUUGAAAACGAGAAAAUCGUAUCUUUUGAGUUCCCUGAGCGUCCCGGUGCUCUUACAAAGUUCUUGGAUGGCAUGAGUGAGUCCUGGAAUUUAACUCUUUUCCACUACAGAAACAAUGGUUCCGACAUUGGUAAAGUUUUGGCCGGUAUCUCAGUUCCUCCUAAUGAUGAACAAGCAUUCCAAAGCUUUUUGAGUGAUCUAGGAUACAGAUACCACGACGAGACUGAGAACAUGGUCUACCAGAAAUUUUUGAAGUUUUAG